AUGGCGUCGCCCCCAUGGUGUGUUAUGAGCGCGGUGAUCCUAUGCACGUCUUGGAUACGCGCAUUUGGCGCAGGCCCAGCCCUGUGCUGCUACUCUGGCCCCACGGACUGCGACUCAAGCCGUGACUUCUGCAGCAAAGACGAUGCGAAUUGUGGCGUGUGCGGAGGCCUCUUGCAUUCCCAGGGGAGCUCCAGCAGGACUGUUUUCAGGGAGAGUGCGCAUUCCAGCUCGAAGCAAGUGGCGGCGUCUGGGAAAGAGUCCAUGGAGAAGUCCCUGGAGCCCACGGUGUUGGUUUCUCAGGCUGCCCACGAGCCCAAUCAGUCGGGAAACGGGACCGCGGCUGCCGGCGUGUGCUGUUACUCGGGGCCCACGGACUGCGACGGGAAGCGUGAUUAUUGCAGCAAGGACGAGGCCAAUUGUGCCAAGUGUGGUGGUAAGUAUGUCGUCCCCGAGAGCUCCAGCCAGACAGCUCUGUUGGAGGGCAACGCGGUGGAGCUAUCCGCCCUAGGUGCGCAAGCUCAGCCUCCACUUGCAGGCCCAGCCCUGUGCUGCUACUCAGGCCCCACGGACUGCGACUCAAGCCGUGACUUCUGCAGCAAAGACGAGGCGAAUUGUGGCGUGUGCGGAGGCCUCUUGCAUUCCCAGGGGAGCUCCAGCAGGACUGUUUUCAGGGAGAGUGCGCAUUCCAGCUCGAAGCAAGUGGCGGCGUCCGGGAAAGAGUCCAUGGAGAAGUCCCUGGAGCCCAUGGUGUUGGUUUCUCAGGCUGCCCAAGAGUCCAAUCAGUCGGGAAACGGGACCGCGGCUGCCGGCGUGUGCUGUUACUCUGGGCCCACGGACUGCGACGGGAAGCGUGAUUAUUGCAGCAAGGACGAGGCCAAUUGUGCCAAGUGUGGUGGUAAGUAUGUCGUCCCCGAGAAGCUCCAGCCAGACAGCUCUGUUGGAGGGCAACGCGGUGGAGCUAUCCGCCCUAGGUGCGCAAGCUCAGCCUCCACUUGCAGGCCCAGCCCUGUGCUGCUACUCAGGCCCCACGGACUGCGACUCAAGCCGUGA